AUGGUGGAAGUUCUGAUGGCCAUGUCCGAUGCCAUGAACCGUGGCUCCCAUGACAUGUGGAUAGCAGCGAGGUAUGUCAAUUUCAGAUACCGCUAUGCCACAUGGACAGUGACACAGACAAGCAAUGGUCCCGAUGCCAAGGCCUUUCAUCGCUGUGUUUGUGCUGCUCUUUCAUGGCAACCGGGUCUUGGCGAUGCCUUACGAGAUCACUUGGAACGGCUUCUCGACGGUUGGGCAUCGGGCAGCGCUGAGAAACUGCGCAACGACGCCAAAGCAUUGAUUUGA